AUGUCACAGUGGGUGUCACAGAGCGGCCAUUGUGAUGCGCGAAGCUUGGAGCAGAGCAAAGGCUGCCGGGCUCAGGCAGAGCGUCAGUGCGGUCUGGUGAGGCGCAGAGAGAGCAAGGACUCUCGCAGUGCUCGCUAUCAACGCACAAUCAUGUCCAAUAGGAAGAGGAAGGCCUCCGGCUCGCAGGAGCCAGUGUGCAUCCUGUGUGGCCGGGCAGAUGUCGACCCGGACAUCUGCGGGAACAUGCUUUCUGAAAGUGGGAUUCAUGUCCAUGAGUUCUGCUUGGUGUUUGCCAAAAUCCCUUCUGUAGCAAGACCAACACAGUCGGGAACUUUGGGCCUCCCUGUUGAUGCCAUCAGACGUACAGUCAAACAGGCCAACAAGCAGCAAUGCUUUGUUUGUGGCGAGAGGGGGGCUGCCAUCACAUGUGUGGCGAGGAGCUGUCAGCGAAGCUUCCAUCUGCCCUGUGCCAUGGACGGGGAAUGUGUCACCCAGUUUUUUGGGAACCACAGGACCUUCUGUCCGGAGCACCGCCCUCAACAGGACAUUUCCGAAGCUCCAGCAGAAGGCACCCACUGCGUCAUCUGCCUUGAGCCUGUGGGGGACAGCUUGUCCUAUCAUACCCUGGUGUGCCCAGCAUGCCAACAUGCCUGGUUCCACCGGGGCUGCAUCCAGCAACAGGCCUUGAUUGCUGGCUCUUUGUGCUUCCACUGCGCUGCUUGUCGAGACAGCAUUCUGUUCUUUGCAGAAAUGAUUAUUCUGGGGAUCCGAAUCCCAUUAAGAUUACCAGCAUGGGAGGACAACAACGCAUAUGAAGCAGUUGUCCAGAGGCACAGCCACUGUGAUGCCAGCGAAUGCCUGUACCAUGGAGGCAGAGAGCAGGCCGAGAGCAGUGGGCCCUGGCAGCUGCUCCUGUGCAGCUCCUGCGCUGCUGAGGGCACCCACCGACAGUGCUCCCACUUGAAUGACAACACAGCCACGUGGGAGUGCAACAGCUGUGCUGCCCUGCGUACCGCCUCCAGUGCCAACACCGAGCUUGCUGGGCCCUGCACUGCCAGCGAGAGGGCUCCGGGACCGUCCCCGGCAGCUGCUCGCAGGAGACGUCCCAGGCAGCGCGGAAGAAGCCGCACACGAAGCCGCUCCCCGCUGCGAGGUCGGGCCCCGAGUUCCCGGAGCCGGCCAAGAAGACGCCGUGGCAGCCGGCAAACGCCAGCCCCAGGGCAGCGGAGCGGCACCCGGUCAAGGUCUGCCACUUCGAGAUCCCCGAGGGCUUCCAGAGUGCCCGGACGCAGGGGACCGUCCAGGCAGCGACGGCGCACCCGCACCCGCAGCCCUCCUCCGCAGAGACGUCGGGCUCAAAAUUCCCGCAGCUCACGCCAAGGAGGCAGCAGGACACGGGCUCAACGGCGGAGGACAUCGCGGGAAUGA